GGCUGGGUGGAUUGUUAUCAGUGAGCUAAGGACCCUACGAUCGUCUGCAACCCUGGGUGCCAGCUAUCGCCUGAGAUGUGGGUUAUAAAGACAAUGGCGUCUGCCACAUGCUGGAGUCCUGAACCUGAUCAACUUGCUGAGGGAGCUUGUCCCUGGGCGACCUUUUCUCUCCAAGCGGUUUUGCCAACGCAGGCCCGAUUAUUGUUAGAAGCCCCGCCCCCGCAUUCUUCAGAAAUACGACGAAAUCGAGGACUAUCUCUGCCUAACAGCGAACCGCCAGAGCACCUAACAUGGCGGAUACCGAGAAUGCGGGUGCUGCUACUCGCAGCAUGUCCAAGGAUGAAGGUCGCCUGCGCGAGUUGGGCUACAAGCAAGAAUUGAAGCGCGACUGGUCGUUGAUUCACAAUUUCGGUGUCUCUUUCUCCAUCAUUUCGGUCAUCACCGGUAUAACGACUUUGUUCAGCUACGGAUUGAACACUGGUGGGCCGGGUGUCAUGUCUUGUGGUUGGAUUGUUGUCUCAUUCUUCACCAUGUUCGUCGGCUUGGGAAUGGCUGAAAUUGUGUCUGCGAUACCGAGCGCUGGAGGCCCAUAUUUCUGGGCUGCAAUCCUGGCCCCCAAGGCAUGGGCUCCGUUUGCCAGUUGGGUUACAGGGUGGUUCAAUCUGCUGGGCCAAGUUGCCGUCACCACCGGUAUCACCUUUGGCUGUGCAGGUCUUAUUUCCACCCUGGCCAGUAUCAAUGGCUACGAACCAACGGCAGGCAGAACCUUGGGAAUCUAUGCGGCGCUUUUGACCUCGCACGGCAUAGUCAACUCCUUUGGCGUACACAUUUUGCGCUAUUUGAACAACACCUCCAUAAUUCUACACUCCUUAGGCGUCUUCAGUUUUGCGGUCGCGGUUGUCGCUAAGGCUCCCCAUCAUCAGUCUGCCAAAUUUGUGUUUGCCACGUUCUACGAUGGUACUGGUGAUCCAGGCUGGUCGGUUAGGGCAUCUUCAGCCUACGUCGCCUGCAUUGGUAUCCUGAUGUCACAGUACACAAUUACCGGGUUUGAUGCUAGUGCGCAUCUGUCCGAAGAAACCCAGAAUGCGUCCUGGUCGGCGCCUAUCGGGGUUCUCAUGUCGAUUGGCUGCUCAGCUCUCUUUGGCUGGUUUCUCAUCCUCUGUCUUCUGUUCAGCAUCCAGGAUUUUCAGGCCACAAUCGGCUCGGUGUACGGGCAACCGGUUCUUCAAAUCCUGGUCGAUGUGUUUGGCAAAACUAGCGCCAUUGUGCUCUUCGUCCUGAUCAUAAUCUGCGUCUGGCACUGUGGUCUGUUCAGCUUGACCUCGAACUCACGAAUGAUGUUCAGCUUUGCUCGUGAUGGCGGCAUCCCCCACUUCUUCCAUAAGGUGGACGCACGAUUUCGAAGUCCCAUCCGAACCAUCUGGCUCGCGGCAGCACUGGCUUUCCUUCUGGCAGUCCCCAGCCUCGGAUCAUCUGUGGCAUUUGCUGCGGCAACUUCGAUCGCAACAAUCGGUCUCUAUCUAUCAUAUGGGCUUCCCAUCUUGAUCGGCAUGAUCAAUCCUCAGGGCUUUAUUCAUGGACCUUUCAAUCUCCGAUGGGCCUCACGACCUGUGGCACUGAUUGCGUGCCUGUGGAUCGGUUUCAUCACGGUGGUCUUCUGCUUGCCCGAGCUCAACCCUGUCAAUUCGCAAACGCUCAAUUACACUCCGGUGGCGGUGGGUAUUAUUGCCGUCUGGUGUCUAGCCAGUUGGUUCUUGUGGGCUAGAAAAUGGUUCAAGGGUCCCAUUCGACAAGUGGAGGCCGAAGUGGCCGGGGUCAAUGUUGACGAUCCAGAUGCAAUGGACCGAGCUGAACGUGAAGGGCGGAUUCCUGAACUCGACGAUCCUCAGGUUGGCAACGAGAAGAGCCUCCUAGCUACUAUGAAGCAGAAUUACAAUUGAGGUCCCGAAAGAGGAUACCCAGGUGGAGGAGGAAUAUAGGGCUAUAUACCCCGGUAGUCACCCAUGGAUCAUUGACAUCCGUUGCACCAGAAUGCCACACCAUCAGGAUACAUGACCGACCC